GCGUCACUGCUGCGCCUUGUUUUCCACGUUCAGUCAUUAAUGCAGUCAUUAGAUGCUUUCAUCCCAAGCGACUUGCAGAGGAGGACCACAGAAGCAAUCAUACGCAAGAGCUAUGACCAGUCUCAGUCUAACGCAGUACACGUAGCAAGCUUUAUAUAAACAAAAGAAAGCAAGCUGUUAGAAGACGGAUGGAGAGAGCAAGUGUUAGAGGGUCAAGUCAACAAAUAGAUCAAAUAGAUUUAGAGUAGAGAGUGCUAGAGUUCGAGUCAAAUAAGGAUUUUGCAUCAUGUUGUCAGUGAAUAUAACUGUGAAGCAUUUGGCGUCGGCUUGGACAUACUUAUACAUUACAAAAUUAGGCACAGCGAAGUUAUAUUACAAGCAAAGCACCAUUUAUGCAUGUAUAUAACAAAAAAAGAAAGCUUUAACACGUCUUGGAUACAAGUCUUCCUGCCUCAUGUAUAAUGUAGCGUUCUGUAGCGGACCCCGCCCCUUAUUUAGUUACCGAAUAGCUUCGCUGCGGGGUUGCUAUAGAGACGGCCGGUGACUCCGCCCACUCGGCUGGUCGCGUGCGCGUGGCGUUGUUGGGUUCUUCCUCGAAGCUGGGUCCGGAUCGCGAUGUCCAGGCGGAGCGCGCUGCUAGUGCCGAUGAAGAGCAUCGAGAGGGAGCUGAUCUGCCCCAUCUGUGAGGAGCUCUUCACACAGCCGCUGGUGCUGCCCUGCCAGCACAGUGUGUGCCACCGCUGCGUCCGAGAGCUGCUCAUGCCCAACCACGACGACUCUCUGAGCACCGACGCCGGGUCCGAGAGCUCCAACCCCGGCAGCCCUCGCGCCAGGGGCCCGUCCCCCAGCAUGGAGAAGCUGGAGCGCCUGGUGCGGUCAGCCUCGCUGAGGAGGUCGUUUGGAGCGAGAGGUAGAUGUGGGUUAAAUAAUUUAAUUAGCCGUAGUGAGUACUGUGUCUCUAGACCCCCUGUACUCUCGCGCGCACCGCUUUGCGUAAACAACAGAGGAUCGAAUCACGGCGAGAUGACACUGCCGCUUAAAGAAAUGAACAUUUGCUGUCCCAAAGCCCAGCACGAGUACGUGGGACCCACCACAAACUUCAGACCGAAGGUGCUCAUGUGUCCCGAGCACGAGAUGGAGAAGGUCAACAUGUACUGUGAGGUGUGCCGGCGUCCCGUGUGUCAUCUGUGCAAGCUCGGCGGAUCUCACGCUAAUCACAGAGUCACUUCCAUGAGCAGCGCCUACAAGAUCCUCAAGGAGAAGCUAUCGAAGAGUAUCCAUUACUUAAUUAGCAAAGAAGACCAAGUGAGGACUCAGAUUUCUGAGCUGGAGGAGAUGAUGCGUCACACAGAGGAGAACGGGCAGCUCGCCGAGAGACACGCCAGCGAACACUUCGAGCAUCUCUUCGAGACGCUUCAGGAGCGGAGGACGGAGAUGCUGCGCUCCAUCGAGCAGAGCCGGAGUCUGCGGGUGGAGCGUCUGCGGGCGCAGGUGGAGGAGUACCAGGGCAUGCUGGAGAACAGCGGCCUUGUGGGAUACGCUCAGGAGGUGCUGAAGGAGACGGAUCAGUCCUGCUUCGUCCAGACGGCCAAACUGCUGCACGUCAGGAUUCAGAAAGCCACCGAGUCUCUGAAGAUGUUCCAGCCGGCGGCGACGCAGUCGUUUGAGGAGUUUGUGCUGGACACGUCGAAGGAGGAGCUCUUACUGAAGGAGCUGAGCUUCAGCGGUGUUCCUGCGCCUCCAGUGAUCGAUCUCUCUCGCUGCCGCGUUUAUAACGAGGGUCUGAUCCACUGGCGUCUGUCUGAAGACUCUCUGCCCACCGAUCAUCACAUUGUGGAGUUCAGGAAGCUGGGAUCUGAGGAGGAGCAGGAGUCCGGCUGGAGCGCGAGCGAGCCUGUGUUCGGCUGCAGCACAGUGCUGUCUGACCUCAGCACAGACUCCAGCUACACCUUCAGAGUCAAGAGCUGCAGGAACAGAGUCUACAGCCCCAGCAGCCCCGAGGUGACCCUCCACACGCCUCCAGCACCGGUGCUUAGCUUCUUGUUUAACGAGAAGUGUGGGUUCAGUGCGGAGCGGCUGCAGCUGAGCAAACGCAGGGACUCUGUGGAGAGCGUGGCGGGGAUGAGCUUGCUCUUAGCUGCGGAGCGUGUGCAGACGGGGAACUACAUCUGUCUCGACUACAUCAUCGGUGACACAGGCAUCGCUCACGGACGCCAUUACUGGGCUUUCCGUGUGCAGCCUGAUUCAUACAUGAUCAAAGUGGGAGUGGCUUCUGACUCCAAACUAACAGAGUGGUUUCACAACCCACGAGACACCAGCAGCCCCCGGUACGACCACGACAGCGGUCACGACAGCGGCAGCGAAGACGCCUGUUUCGAGGUUUCGCAGCCCUUCAUGCUGGUCACCGUGGGCAUGGGCCGGCUCUUCAUCCCCAAAGCGUCUGCCAGCGCCGCAGGGGACCACAGCAGCCGAGUCCUGCCCAUGCCGCAGAGGAUCGGAGUCUGUCUGGACUAUGACGCCGCUCGCGUGUUCUUCUACGACGCAGACACCAUGCGCUGUGUGUACGAGCGACCUGUGGACUGCUCCGGCACCAUGUUCCCUGCGUUCGGGCUCCUGGGCGGCGGCGCGGUUCAUCUGGAGGAGUUCAUCACAGCCAAGCGGCUCUCGUACCUGUGAGGUGUCCGCUAGCUCUGUUAACUCCGUCUCGUUCUCUUGAGUUCCUCGUCGUGUGGCUCGCCGCUCAAAUAUACAAGUCAGUCUGGUUUAAGAGACGAGUCUGGUCUCGAGUGCCUUCAGCCGACCACACCAUCAGGGUUCACGCAGGGCACCUUAAUACACCCAAAUCUAAUGCAUAGCCUCACCACGUCACUUUCUGAAGAAUGUGCACUGAUACUGUUAAUUACUUGACAUCGUUUACAUGCAGUUAAGUGAGCUUAACGACAAGCGGUAUGAUUUGAACACCAGAAUUGACUUCUGAACACAUGAUUGUGCAAUAAUUAUUAUUUUGUUAUUGUAGCAGCACCUGUAAAACGUAGAAAUGUUUCAAAGUAAAUAAAAACAAAUGAAUCAGUCUGUCUU